AGGCAGUGAGGUCUAUGGACUCCUCUAUAUAAACCAUAUCAUUGAUCAUUUUUAUUCAUUGCAACCAUUAGUUUUAAUUUGUUCUUUGCUUUCUCAGUCUUUUAAGUUUGCCCUUCUCUUGAUCUUCUUAUUUGUUCAAUUUGAUCACUUUUCGACUCCCAUUAUGGCCACUGCUCAGGUUGUAUCAGCACAGACAGCCCUUCCUGUAGAGGACACAACUCAUCACGAGGAAUCAGUCAAGGCUCAAGAGAUUGUUAUCACUCCUACUACUGAAGAACCAGCAGCUGAAGUUGCGGAUGAACCAAAGGAAGCUGUUGUGGCUUCUGAGGAAGAAGUACCUAAGGCUGAGGUCGAGGAAACCGUAGUUGAAGCUGAGGCAAAGGAUGUGAAGGUAGAGGAGCCCAAGGAAGUUGCAGCAGUCGAAAAAGAAGAAGAACCAACUGUGGAGAAGACUACAACUGAAGAGGAAACUACUACACCUAAUAAGGUAGCACCUGAGCCAGAGCCAGAACCAGUACUUGAGGAGGAGGCCAAGGACAAGGAGGAUACUGCUGAUGACUCUGCUGAGAUUCCUCCGGUGGUACCAGUUACACCGGAGGCAGAAUCAGCAGUUGAGGCCCCUAAAGAGGAGGUAGCAGUUAAGGAAGAAGAGAAGGCAACUGAGGUUGAGGAGAAAGUUGGCACUGAAGCUCCUGGGGUGAAGGCUGAGUGAUUUGGGGUUUGCAUGAAUGUUAAGGGAUCUAUCAGAUGUCUUUAAUUUAGUGGUUUAAGAAAUUAAAUAAGGAGUAACUAAGAAAAUGAUCAGGUGUGUGUGGAACCUAGUUAAUGCUAGCUUUCCAUAUACAUAUGGUAGACAUGAUGAAUUGUAUCGUGGUGCAUGUACGUACGUUUGAACAUUUGAAUAAUAAGUCGAUCAUUGUAGUACUAUAUAUAUAGCUACUACUUCCAUGAAAA